AAUAUAUUCCAGAGCAAGCUGGCGGCGAAUUUUUGGCGGGCGCCCGCCGCCCAGAAACUGCUGCUGCACGUCAUGGGCGUUGAGAGAAGAUCAGCCGUAGUAACUGCUGUAGCGCAGCCCCGGAACAAAGCUGGAAAUCAACCGCUUUCGACCAAUGCAGCCCUCCUCCAUAUAACGCGAAAGCAAACGUUCUUCUACAGGAGACAGGUUCGGAAGCACUGCAAAAAACCCCAACGAACCAAAGGAAAAUUUAAAACAAGCGUAAACCAGAUCAAAGAAAGAGAAAGAAAAAAGAAAUAGAAAAACUGCCCAUUUCACGCCCAGCCAUGCCAACCUCACCGCUCCCUCCCCAGCAGCGACAACAACAACAGAAACCGUCCCCGACCACCCUGCCCCCCAACGCCCCCUCCCUCGCCUCCCUCAACAUUACAGAAGAUCCCUACCACCUGCACAGCUGGCCCGAAGUCCUGCUCCUGAUCCAACACAACCGCCUCGAUGCCUUCCAUCGGAUCCCCGAGGAGCUGGAGCGGUAUCUGAUCUACUGCGCGGGGAUCCGGAAGCGAUAUGGGAGCAUGAUGGACUUCAUCGUGAGGGAAAGGUUGAAGUGGGGAGGGGAGGAGGAGGAGCGGCGAGGGGACGAAGGGGAGAAGACAGCGGAGGAGGUGGAAGGGUUUGAGGGGUUCGGGGAUGAAUCGAGCUACAAGAUCCUCCCCAACGACUGGCCGUACGCGCUGGACCCACGGAUAACGCACCUGGUGGUCUGGACGAAACGCAGCAUCCCGGACGACCCGGCCAGUCCGAUCGGCGACAUCGACCCGCAGGCACGCCGCACGAUCACGGCGUUUGUGCGGGAGAAAUUCCUGCCGGCGGUGGGAAACGAUCCGGACAGGCUGGUCUGGUUCCGGAACUGGGCGGCGAUCAAGAGCGUGCAUGCCGUCGAGCAUAUCCAUGUCCUGCUCUUUGGCGUGGAGGAGGGGUUUGUGGAGAGGGUUACAGGGGAGAAAAUCAAGGGGCGGUGAAAAGGGGAGUGAGUGGAGUGUUAGGCUCCGUCCCGGGAAUGGGAGGAUGGGGAGAUCUUUGGCGGGGAUCGAAGGGUUCUGUGACUGAUGGAAGGAGCGAUCUCAUUCGAGGAAGAGAUUUCGACGCUCCAAAUGGUAAAAUGUUGGGAUUCGUCCGACCGUGAAAGACUUUCCUUUUGUAAUUAGACGCUACAAACAUUGGCGGCGGCAAAGGUAGCGAUAGAUAGAGGCAGCGAAGGAUGUCAUAUGACAGAGACGAUGUGUUGUU